CGCAAGUGUACGAAACGGCCUCCAGCCAACUGCAUUUGUUUUUAUCCCAUAAUGCAUAGAUCUAGUUCAUGGCGAUGACAGAGCAGAGGAUCUUGCACAGUUGGCCUCAAUGAUAUUUUUCUUCUUUGUUGGCUAUAUUUGUGAUGAUUUGUGAAGUGGGUGAUUGGAGGGGGCCACUGAUAAAUAACGAAAUGUCUAACUCAGUGGGUCUGGGUGAAAAUCGACGCAUAGAGUCUACAGUCCCCAUACCAUCAGGACAUACUAUGCUCAACAUGGUAGAUGAACCAAGAGGAGACAGAUUAGUUAUUUCAACUCAGGAGCUUAGGGAAGAAGAAGGAGAACCUCAAGAUGGCAUUGGUGGUGACUUCGCAAGUGUAGUAGAUGUUGUUUGGUGUGAAGAGUGUGGCGUCCAUAACAUUGGUGAAUGUUUCAUACAUGGAGGUACUUUGACUCUAGCACAAGACAACACACUUCCAUCACGAGCUGUCCUGUCGUUGCCAAAGGUGCUGUCACUGAAGAGAGUGAGAAUAGGUGACCCUUGUGAUCUAGAAUCUCGAAAAGGCGUUUUUGCAAAGAAAGCUAUCAAACUGCGUACGAUGUUUGGACCAAUGGAGGCCGAAAGCUGCUCAGAAAAAGCAAGAUUACCGGCCUGUAGCUUAGAAUAUGUGAUCGUUAAAAGUACUGGGGAAAUGAAACACUUGGACACAUCUGAUGAGGGCAAGUGCAACUGGAUGAUGUUUGUGCGACCAGCUACCACAUACCAACAACAAAACUUGGCAGCGUUUCUGAAAGAUGAUUGUGUCUAUUUUGUUACUAUCAAGAUGGUUCCAGCAGGUACAGAGCUACGAGUAUGGUAUGCAGCUGCUUAUGCUAAAGCCAUAGGAAAGAGAAUGCUGUUGCCUGAUAUCUCUUGCAGAAAGAGAGGGUUUCUAAAACAAGACAGGAAAAUUGUUGGCUCACAGACUUUGAGUAAACCAGAAGUUGCUGGUACUUCAAAACAGACAUGUUCACUUCCGAUGGUACCUGCAGCUGACACACAAAACUGUUUAAUGCCCAGCAAAGCAGAUGAAGGAAAAGCAAGUCAAGUAUUGAGUACUGAGACUGCAAUCAAAUCAGGAGAACCAAGAGACUGUUCUAAUAUGUUUCCUUGUAACUGGUGUAAUGCAACGUUUUUACGGCCAUCUCAGUUAGAUAAUCAUGUGUGUCAAAGUAUUAAAGAUGUGGAGGAAGAAUCUUUUGCAACCAGAAGAAGGAAAGGACGUCCUCGGAAAUUGCCAGACAAUGAAUUAUCGGCUAUAGCUUCAAAAACGUUUAAGAGGGAGUUGGACUGCAGUACUGGUAGUGGUUUACAAGGGAAUAUCCCAAAUGAAGAGAUAAUGAACCCAUGUGUUAACCCACAGGGCAAAGAACUGGAGGCAAAUAAGGAAUCUGUGGAUAUUGCUGAAAUGGAAGUACUCGGUACGUCUGAAAAUUUUUCUGCUUACGAAUUGUAUUCUGUUUACGGCAGUGGCUCUGACUCAAAGUCGAAGCGUGGAAGAGGCAGACCAAAGGGAAGCAAAAAUAAAGUAAGAUGUUUGUCCAAAAGAGAGUCAAAACGGGAUGCAAUAGCUUCGAAGCGGCGUCCAACGUACAACUGCCAGCACUGUGACAAACAGUUUACCAACCGGGAGCAGCACCUCAUUCACGAAGCCAUCCAUACAAACACGCUGCCUUUUCCUUGCAAGUGGCCUGGAUGCAACAAAGCUUUCAACUCCAAAUUCAAGUUCGAGAGACAUCAGAUGGUUCACACAAAGCCUAACAACUACAAAUGUAAGUUUUGUCCCAGUACGUUCACUCGUAUUGACCACUUAAAAAUUCAUCUGCACAUCCAUGACAGCAAUCGCAAAAUGUACACGUGUCAGAUCUGUGGAAAAAGCUACCUGUACAAGUUUACCCUCACAUUUCACAUGGCAAAGCAUGCAGCUCAAGACGGCACCAGCUUGACAUGCCUCAUUUGUGAAAAGAAAUUUAAUUCAAGAGAUGACCUCUUGUCUCAUGUGAACACCCAUAAUCGCUACAAACCACAGAAGGAAGUAGAGCGCAGUCACAAGUGUGGUUAUUGUGACAAGUCUUUUUCAAAUUCAAAAGGGAUAAAAAGGCACAUGGUAACCCAUACAAAAGAAAGGUCUUUUCUUUGUGAGAGAUGUUCUCAGACAUUUGUGAGGAAAGAUCACUUGGUGAGACAUUAUGCAACAAACCACAAGAAAGAGUUUUAUGAAAUUCAGCGGAAAACCCACCCAUUUGGCUGUGAGGAAUGCCUAUUGGUGUUCAAGAAGCAAGAGUUCAUGGAUUAUCACGUCAGAACUGCUCACCCUAAUGGAAUUUUGGAGAAGGACUCUUCUGAUAAACAGGAAAAAUCUUUACUGAGUAGCAAUGGCCUCUGUAAAAUUAAGGAUCUAAAGGAUGAUUUAAAAGCUGUAAUGAAAACGAAAGACGAUAGCACAAAAUUGUCUGAAUCUCAUGGAAAUGUAGCACCAACAAUAGAUAGACAGUCUCACCAGAAACACUUACAGCUUCAGAUGCAGAAGGUAAAGGAAAAGCCCCCUCAAUCAUCACAGAGUCUGUUGACCAUGGAGGUGAUGCAGCCUCAACAAGUGCAGCCUCAACAGGAGCUGCAGCAGCAACAGCAACAGCAGCUGCACUCCCAGGCCAUACAUCAAGGCCCUUUGCCACAGCAAGCGUUUCCUGUAAGCCUAAUAAAAGUACAGUCUACCCCGGCUGAAGCAUCCAUAACCAUGCCAAAAUCCAAUGCCGCGGCUUUUGUGUACCCUGUUCAGAUGCCUACUUUUGAGCCAGAAGAGAUAUCUGUAGAUCUCUAUUCCACAAAUAUGAAAACUGUGCCAUUUAGAUUUCAAAACGAAGUGUCCCGCAUUCCUGUCUCCCAAGUUUCCACCACCACUACUGGCCCUCAGCAGCCGCAUCAGCAGCAGCAGCAGCAACAGCAGCAAAUGGCUGAGGUCCUUGUCAAACCUACAGGACAGCUACAGUCAAGACAGCUGCCAGCUUUACGACCCAGGUUGCCACUGGUCAACCAACAACAACAGUCACAACCUCCACAGCCCCAGCCUCAGUUAUCACAAACACAGCAGCAACAACAGCUCUCACUUCUUCAAGGUGUGCAAAUGUCAGACGUCUUAAGUAAUUUAUCCACUUUAUCAGGCCCAGAUAUAGCUUCUGCUUCUAGUGCCAGUGUGUUGAACUUUAUUUCUGUGAAUGGAACUAGUAUAGUGGUUGCAGGGCAGAACAUGAGUACUUCUAAACCUGUACAAUGGACUGUUGUCAAAGACUCGUCUUCACAAGAUAAGGCAUCUGCACUGAAAUCGGAGCCUUGUGAUGAGAUGAACAUAAUGAACAAUACACCAGGAAUCUUUUCCUCUGUGCCGGUGUGCACAAGUCAGAGGCCAGCACAACCUGUAAAACCAGAUCACUCUUACGCCAAUGCCAGCAGUAUAGCUCAGACCAUAACUCCAGUGAUAGUGAGCCAAGAACAAACUGUGAGUACUUCAGGAAAUAAGUCAAACCUUCAACAGCAACAACAGCAGCAGCUGUCUAGCAUUUCUGAGGAAGAGAUGUUGCACAUUGUGACUGGCCUGAGAGGUGCAGCGCCUGACAGUAGUGGCACCAACAAUCUAGUGAACUAUAUCACCAUAGCAGACAAUGAACAGAUUAAGCUUCUUCCGUCCCAGCAACACUUACACCCAGAGCAAAUGCUCUCUGCACAGACACCUUCAACUGUGACCCUGCAACAACAGCAACAUUCAUUGCCACAGCUGUCAUCAAAUCUUCAGCACCAACAGCAACCGCAGGCUCAGGACCACGUAGCCUUGCCCAGUUUCCCUCUUUCUUGGGCUGAGAACAUCUCUGACUUUCCCUCAGUGUCUGACCUGCCCAUCUCUGCGGAUGCCCCUAUAGUACAGGCUGUGGAUAGCUCUGAGAGGUCAAACUGGGUCAUCCAGCUGCCGGUUAUGGACCAGUCUCAACAGUAUCAGAACCAUGGACAUCAGAAUCCCCAGAUUUUAUCUGUGACUAUUGAGAACAAAGUGCCCACUGGUUGAAUGCAUCGCUGUAUUCAGUGAUUUGUUUCAUUAUAUUUGUGUAGUUGUACUGAUUUGACUUAUUGAAUAUUUGUGAUAUGAAUUAAUAACAUGGAAUUGAAAAGCGUGGAGAUAUCAGCAGUGCAGAGAAUGUUUGUAACCCCUGAAAAAUAGUACUAGUAGAUCCUAUUUCUCUCCUCUCAUCUCCCUCUGUUACUGUUCAGUUUUGCUUUUUUCCUCACAAAAUAUGGGUGUUAUCUAUUAUAAAAAACUAAAACGUUUUCGGAGGUCUGUCAAAGCUACAGAAGUUACUACAACACAGAAAGUAUGGAAAUUUACACAAGUUGUCCUUAAUAAUAAUAGCACCAAGUAGUGUCUUUUAAUACUUUAGUAGUCCAACAAUUAAUGUAUUUUAAAAAAAAGUUUUUUGAUCAUACCGACCGCAAACAGUUUAGGAAAUGGUACAAAUGGAACAGCCGCGAGCCCAAUGUCUCGCAAAGUCUCGAAGUUGUUCGCAGGAUAGACCAAAAAUUCGUGUGUACAGCAGAAAAACACAACAAUGCAAUUAAUAAACAUAAACAAACGGUAUUAAUACUAAAUAUUAUAACCAUUUGUGUGUUUUAACGUUGAGAGAGAAAAAAAAAUAGAUCUAGCGGCUUUGUUUUCACAUGUAGGGAGAAAAAAAGGAACAGCGGAUUCCAAAUUCUAUUUCCGUUUUAAAUCAAAACAUGACCAGAGCCGAGCGAAGUUUAAACCAAAACGUGACUAGAUCUAGAGCCAAGCCGACUAUUGUCUUGCCCCGUUCUAUGAACGGGUUGGUGUACUAGUUGUAUCAAAAUUCUUUCGUUGUUUCCAAGACGGAAUAAGACAAGACGAGACAACUCUUCUUUACGUCAUGUGACAAGCGCAGACCUCUCCCACUUUGCCAGCUGCGCGUAUAACUCGCUGGGCUGGUGAUAGUUUACAUUGGAUACCGUACUGCUGAUCAACUUCGACAGUUCUGUUGCACGCACUAGUACUAUAAUUUAGCCCUGUGAGAGAGCGAUAUAGAUAGAUAGAUAGAUAGAUAGGUAGAUAGAUUGAUAGAUAAUCUGGAUAGAUAGAUAGAUAUGAUAGACAGAAUUACAUUAUAAUGAGUGAUAGAUCUAGAUCUAGAAUCUAGACUAGAUUUAGAUCUAGAUCUAGAUCAGAUCUAGGCUAAUACUGCGCCCCAAAAGCCAAAGAGCGUACAGUUCGACAAACUAUAAUACUUUUACUAGAUCUAUAUACUAUAUUAAUAUAUCUAGUGUGGGCGAAGGCUCAAAUGAAGAAUCUUGUUUACUCACCGUUACAUUGCUGGAGAUACAGUUUCGGCAGUAGGCCUACUAUGUUAAAUUCUGGAAUACUCUUUCCUUUAUUAUGUAAUUGUAUCAAUUAUUAAUAUUAGUAAGAAAUUAAACAUGAAGAACAAUUUUUAAAAACCAAUAGCCUAAUAAUGAUAAUAAUACACAUAAAUUAAAGAAAAACAUAUGGAAAAAAAUUCUACAAAUCCUCUUUAUUUUAUAAUCUACCACUUAGAACCUAAUUUAUGCUGUGUGACUGAAUGUGAUGCAUGUGUAUGCUGGCCAUAAUAUGUUGAUCAAAUGAUCUUAUUGUAUCUGACAAAGAACAUGAAUUUGUGCCUUGAAAUAUACUUGUCUGUAGCUUUUGUGGCUUAUUUAUUGCAUACUUGUAUGUAUUUGCCAUGAUGUAAGUGGCCCACAGUGUUGUAUCAAGUACAAUUAUUCUAUUUCUAUUAGGCUACCCAGCCCACUAGAUCUGUGGAGAUAGAGCAUGAAACAAUAAGACAGUUGAAGAAGAAAAUUGUGUCACAGAAGAAAAGAAUAAAAAUCUAAAAGCAAGCCCAAGAAAAGCUACAUCAAAUCUACAUUCAAAGAAAGAAAUAGAACUGAUCAAAACAGCUAGACAUGACACAAAUGAAAGGAAAGAAAUGGAGGACCACAGACAAAAGCCAUGCGCUUUCAUUUUUCAUUGUAUCAUGCUUCUCCUAAAGCAUACCGUCUAUACUGAUUUAACAGCUUGCCCCCUUUAGCCCUUACAGUAACAUUCUUUCUAUCACAUUUUGAUUUACCAAAUGAAAUUAAGCAUCUUUUAAAAAUUGUAGGAUGUUAAUUGUUAACAAACAUAAUAAUGUAGACUCUAGUGAUUGGGUGAUAUUAAUAUUUUUGUUUAAAUCUAUGUAUAAAUACUUUUAAAAACUAGAAUCUAGAUCUAGAUCUAAUUUCUAAAUGUACAAAGUUUUUCUUGAAAAUAUUUUUUUUUACCUGUAAAACUGGUAUUUGAGGUUGAGAAAUUUCCUCCCAUUUUGUUCAUGAGCUCGAAUAUUUUGUAAGCACAAUAGUCCUUUUUCUUGGGGGUGGUAUUAUUUCCUUCUAUAGUAGGUGGAGGAUUGGGCACGUUGAAACGCGUUGGUAUUGCUGUACUGUCACGCUUCAGCUGAUUUUUUUUUUCGCAGUGGCGAACUGUGAGUCCUCAAAGUGUUCAGAACAAAGAACGUUACUAGAAAAGAGACACUCUGAUGACCUGCCCAACAAAUCCUUUCUUCGGCAGUUUACCACCCACUUCUGGCACCUCACCUUAUCCUUAGGAAACCGAAAAAACGAAAGAUCUGGUCUAUUAUAUCGUGCGUCUGAACAGUUCACUGCAGAGCACCACUGGCUUGUCUUUUUUCUUUUACCUUUAGGCUGAAGUGGAAGAUCGACUAGAUCUACAGUUUUAUUUGCACCUAGGCCUAGAUCUAGAUUCUAGAUCUAGUCCUACUUCCAUGUUGGCAUUGAACACAUUCACUUCACUGCCGUUUUCCAUAGCAAAAUAUUAAUUAUCAACUCAUUUACUAAGUUAAAAAUGUAUACAAACAAAGUUAGAAAUAAUUUCUAACCACUCCACUUUAAAAAAGACAGACAUGGCGAAACUGCUACUAACGUGGGAAUCGCAGCUGUCGAAUUAAACGGCGCGCGCUUUCUUCUUGUCGUCCGGCGUUUGUUUACGCUCUCAACGCGCAUCUACUGUUUCUAGGGGGCGUCAUCUAGGACCGGAAAUAGGGUUGUUGUCUCGUCUUGUCUUAUUCCGUCUUGGGUUGUUUGUUGUAAUGUUCUAAAUAUAGAAUUACAUCAUUUGUCUGAUUGAGUUACGUCCCUUACUUGGGUUUACAGGAAGCUCUCUCUCUACUUCCAUUUUUAUUAUUGUUGUUGAUCAUCCAUGAUCAUGUCAUUGAAGCAAAUACAUUUUUUCUAAUCAAA